CCAGCCACGAGCCUGGGGACGGGGUGGUUCUCAGAGAGCUGGGUCAAUAUUUGUUGACUGACUGAUGGACUACAUUGGAAGCCCAGCCCUCAGGCAGUGGGGUGUGUCCUCCUGGGCAAGAGCAGGGAUUGAGUUUCAUGCAGGAACAGGUUGGGGGACAGACCCAGCACUGCCCACUGGCCAGGAAAGAGAGCACCUUCCAGCAGAUUCUGUACAGGUGGGGCCUCUGUCGCCCAGACUCCGCAUACCUGGAGGCCCAGGCCCGGCCCUCCCUCCUCAGACUCCAGCAGGCAAAGUGACCUCAGGGUGCGCCCUUUCACAGGAUGGACGUCAACAAGGGCCUCCCAGCCAUUGACAGCCACAGGGACCUCCACGUAUGGAUCAUCGAGAACCUGAGCAUGGAGCCAGUACCCGAGAAGGCUUAUGGGAACUUCUUCGAGGAGCACUGCUACAUCGUCCUCCAUGUUCCCCAGAGCCUCAAGGCCACGCAGGGGGCGUGCAGCGACCUGCACUACUGGGCGGGGAAGGAGGCGGGCGCCGAGGCGCAGGACGCGGCCGAAGCCUUCGUGCAGCAGCUGCAGGAGGCGCUGGGUGGCGCCACCGUGCAGCACCGGGAGGCGCAGGGCCACGAGUCCGACUGUUUCCGCAGCUACUUCCGCUCUGGAAUCAUCUACAGGAGAGGGGGCCUGGCCUCUGCCCUCACGCACGUGGAGACCAACCUGUACAACAUCCAGCGACUGCUGCACGUCCAGGGGAGGAAGCACGUGUCGGCCACCGAGGUGGAGCUCUCUUGGAGCAGCUUUAAUAAGGGGGACAUCUUCCUGCUGGACCUGGGCAAGGUGAUGAUCCAGUGGAAUGGGCCUGAGACCAGCAUUCCUGAGAAGGCACGGGGCCUGGCCCUGACCUGCAGCCUCCGGGACAGGGAGCGCGGUGGUCGCGCACAGAUUGGCGUGGUGGAUGAUGAAGUUGAAGCCACUGACCUCAUGCGGAUCAUGGAAGCCGUGCUGGGCUGCAGAGUGGGCAACCUGCCUGCCACCAGGCCCGACAAGAGUGUUAACCAGCUGCAGAAAGCCAGCGGCCGUCUCUACCAUGUCUGUGAGAAGGAUGACGACUUGGUGAUCCAGGAGUUGGCGACCUGCCCACUAACCCAAGACCUACUGCGGGAAGAGGACUACUAUAUCCUGGACCAGGGUGGUUUCAAGAUCUACGUGUGGCAGGGACGCCUGUCCAGCCUCCAAGAGAAAAAGGCUGCCUUCAGCCGGGCUCUGGGCUUCAUCCAGGCCAAAGGCUACCCGACCUACACCAACGUGGAGGUGGUGAACGACGGCGCCGAGUCGGCCUCAUUUAAACAGCUCUUCCAGUCUUGGUCUACCAAGCAGCGCGGGAACAAGAGCUUCGGCAAGCUAAGUAAAUCGAUUCAGGUAAGGCCGGAUGUGGGCAAGCUGCAGAGUCGGCCUGAGCUAGCUGCCCAGCUCAGGAUGGUGGAUGACGCUUCCGGGAAGGUGGAGGUGUGGUGCAUCCAGGACUUAGGCAGACGGCCCGUGGACCCCAAGCGUCAUGCACAGCUGUGUGCAGGCAACUGCUACCUCGUCCUCUACGCCUACCAGAGGAUGGGCCACGUCCAGUAUAUCCUGUACCUGUGGCGGGGCCACCGUGCCACCACGCGUGAUGUCAAAGCCCUGAACUGCAAUGCCGAGGAGCUGGACCUCAUGUACCAGGGAGCCCUGGUGCAGGAGCACGUGACCAUGGGCAGCGAGCCCCCUCACUUCCUCGCCAUCUUCCAGGGCCAGCUGGUGGUCUUCCAGGGGCACACGGGGCACGAUGGGAAGGAGCAGCCAGCACCUGCCACAAGGCUCUUCCACGUACAAGGCGCCGACAGCUGCAACACCAGGACCGUGGAGGUACCAGCCCGCGCCUCAGCCCUCAACUCCCAUGACAUCUUCUUGCUGGUCACAGCUAGCGUCUGCUACCUCUGGUUUGGAAAGGGCUGCAGCGGUGACCAGCGAGAGAUGGCGCGGACGGCGGUCUCUGCCGUCUCUGGGGAGAACAAGGAAACGGUGCUGGAGGGUCAGGAGCCUCCCGGCUUCUGGGAGGCCCUGGGAGGCCGGGCUCCCUACCCCGGCAACAAGAGGCUCCCCGAGGACGUCUCCGGCUUCCAGCCCCGACUGUUUGAGUGCUCCAGCCACAUGGGCCACCUGGUCCUCACGGAAAUGGUGUUCUUUAGUCAAGAGGACCUGGACAAGUAUGACAUCAUGUUACUGGACACCUGGCAGGAGAUCUUCCUGUGGCUCGGGGAAGCUGCCAGUAAGUGGAAGAAGGAGGCGGUGGACUGGGGCCAGGAGUACCUGAAGACCCACCCGGCAGGGAGGAGCCCCGCCACGCCUAUCGUGGUGAUCAAGCAGGGCCAUGAGCCCCCCACCUUCACUGGAUGGUUCCUCGCUUGGGACCCCUACAAGUGGACUAACGACCAGUCCUACAAGGAAGUGGUGGAUGGCAGCCUGGGAGCAAUGCCAGCCAUAUGUGAGAUAACAGCAGAACUCAACGACUUCCAGCUGUCUAGAGGGCCAAGCAAUGGCGGGGCAGACCCUUUGACCCUGCAGACCCUCAAGGGCUCCCAGGACGGCUCAGGGAAUGAGCUGCAGCCAGGACCCAAGGCAGGUGACGCCAGCACCAACAGCCACCACAGCAGCCCCAGACCCACCAUCAAUGGGAGCCUGCCCCGCGAACGGCUAAUGCAUCAGGCUGUUGAAGACCUGCCAGAGGGUGUGGACCCGGCCCGCAAGGAGUUCUAUCUCUCAGACUCUGACUUCCAAGAGAUCUUUGGCAAGUCCAAGGAAGAAUUCUAUAGCAUGGCCAAGUGGAGGCAGCAGCAGGAGAAGAAGCAGCUUGGCUUCUUCUGAACCCAGGCCCUGCCCGUGUCGGUGCCACUAACGUAGCCAGGACCCCCAGGGGUGCCUUCCCAGCAUGCACCUGAGCCCCCGGGGACACCCCGCUGGCAUUCCCCCGUCAAUAAAAGUCCGUGGCCCUCACAAGGUGUGUUGUAA